GUUGCACAAAAUUGCGGCACGCCUUCGGACACUCUCUGGCCCAGAGCUCGAUGUCGAUGUCGCCAACUGUGGUCUUCAACAGAACCUUGCCCGACGUGGGCGGCUCCUGGAUGUAAAUAUUGCUCAUUAUUGAAGUCUGUUUUUGUUCCUAGCGAUGUGAGCAUAUCAGUGGGAGAAUAUAUCGAUGUUUUUGUGCGAUAAUUAUCGUGAGAUGUGUUUCUAGGCAACCGUUUUGCUUUUGAUUUUCGUAAUUGUUUUUGGAAAUAAUUAAGUUGAGAGAUAAUAUCUGAGUGAAUUAAGAAUGAAUUUUAACGACGACCCAUUGGCGGACCUGCUAAGUGACAACAGCUUGGACAACGACAACUUCUUUGAGACACCAGCUGGUGUUGGCCACAAGAAACCGCCGAAAAUCGCCAAAGCUAAAGGAAAACUGGAAGAUCUCUUUGGCAUACAAGAGGAAACGGAGGCGGACGUACAAAGCCCCGCCACGUCUGGCCAGGGCAACAAGGGCAAACCCACUGCCACGAGCACUCCGCGCAUCGUCAAACAGAAGCCUUCCCUCUCCCUCGACGACGACGCUGGCGAUGAUGACUUGGGCUUUGAUCCCAAGCGACCCAAAAGUGGAGGCACGAAGAAGAGUCUGUUUGAUGACCUGCUGGCCGUCGCCGAGCCCAAAAAGAACAUAUUCGAUGAGAUACUGAGCGGCGGUGGCGAUGCCGCAAAGCGUCCGGCCACUGCGAAGCCGUCCAUAUCCCGCCAGUCGACAGACACCACUACGGAAAACUCGCAGGCGCGGCCCAAGACCUCCACUGGGCGGCGCAGCUCCGCGCAAUCGGCCACUGUCAAUGCGGAUCCUCUGGGGCUGUUCGGCAGGGACACGAAUGCCACCGUUUCGGGCAUGUCCACGCCGGUGUCCAAGAAGCGGGGAACGACAGCAGACUGGCUGGGCUUGGAAGCCGCGGCAGCAUCCGUGGCAGCUGUGGAACAGGAGCGACCAUCCACACCAACGCCCAAUGUUCAGCAUCAGCAGCAGCCUGCCAAGGAAGCUCCUGCUGAAGCAACAGCGGCAGCUCACAAGAACACUGCAGACAUCCUGCGAAUGCCUGACCCCGACGAGCCGGAGCAGUACCUGUCGUCAGAGCUACCUCUGGCCCCAAUAGCUGCUGUCAAUCCGGCCACACAGAGCAUCCUCUUGCUGAACAGCCUGAACCUGGAAACGGGCUCCAAAUUCAAUGCACUGCAGCAGCAGGAGGGCCAGCUGGUUAUCGCAGCGCAAAUGAAGAGCCAGGAGCGAACAUUGAUGGAGAUGCAGCGACGACAGGAGGCACAGGACCGCAAGUUCCAGACUCUCAUUCAACAGCAACUGCAGCGCCAGCAGCAGAUGGAGGAGCACAUCAAGGGGCAGCAGGAGCGCAUCAGCAUGCACAUCCAGUUGUUGAUGGCUCAGCCCGCGCAUGUUCAGCCGCUAGAGGGGCUGCCUCCUGUCCCAAAGCCAGCGCUGGAUAAACAAGAGACGGAACAGAAAACAGCAAGCAUGGAGGAGCACAAGGAGCAAGAUCUGAUGCAGCAGCUCCAACUAGAGACGGAAUCCAAACGAAAUCUGCUGGAGAAGCUGCGCCUGGAGGAGCUGGUGGCCAACAUGAAGGUCAACUACGAGCAGGAAAUCGAAAUGAUCGAGUCCUCAUACAAGAAGCAGCUAAAAGUAUUAGAGGAGCACUUGGCCGCCGUCGAGGAGCGACUGAAGACGGACAACAGCGACUUGCGGCAGCACUUUGUCGACAAACUGGAGCAACAGAAGGCCGACUAUGUCGAGCAGAUGUCCACGCUGCGGCAGGAUCACGAGGAUGAGGUGCGAAAGCUACGCAACUCCCACGAAAUGGACAUCGAGGGCAUACGGCAGGCCAAGCUGGUGGAACUGUCGGCGGUGCAGGACCAUGGCAACUACUUGGAAACGCUUCGCCUUGCCUCGAGCAACCUGCAGGAACUGCGCGACGGGAUGAGCAACGGCCAGGACAGGGAACGAUUGCUGGAUGCUCGCGAACGGCGCUUGGCCGACCAGGAGCGUCGCCUGAAGAUGAACGAGGAAACGGCCGACGAGGAGCAGCGACGACUCAUGGAGCUGGUGGGCACGCUGGAGUUGCAGCUGGACCGCCUCUCCAAGGACUCGGCGGAGGAGAACUGGCAGCUGCGACAGCGCAUGGCCAGUCUGGACGCAGAGCGCAAGAGUCUCGAGCGCGAGAAGCAGUUCCACAGAGAGCAAAUGGAGCGCGACGAGAAGCGAGUCGAGGAGCUGAAGACCAUCCAGCUGGCGGAUACGGAGCGCCUGCACCUGGAACUGCAGCAGGAGCGCACCCAACUGGCCGUGGAGCGGCAGCAGCUGGAGAUGAAGCACAAACUGCAUGAUAAUGGCGGCAACCUCGACCAGGAUCGUCUAGAGGUGGAGGCUCAGCUAAAGGUGGCCCGGGAGGCCAUCAGGCGUGCGGACCAGGAGCGGGAUCGCUGCCACAAGCUGCAACGCGAGGUGGAGGCACGCAAGCGCCUUCUUGCUGAUAGGGAGAACGAUCUAAACAUCAAGGAGGAUGAGAUGGCGCAGUCCACGACUGCAUACCGCAUGGCCACCAGUCGAUCCCAGAUGGCAGAGCAGAAGGCACGCGAGGCGGAUCAACUGCUGCAGGCAAAGUUGCAGUUGCUGGGCAAGCGGCAUCACGAACUGAGCGAAAAGGAGGCGCAGUUGUCCCAGGAGCGUAUGCUCCUCGCCCAGGACCGCAUUGCGAUGCACAACCUGAAGAAGCAGAUCCUCCGCAGCAGAUGUGCCCUCUGCAAGAUGGGUUCGGAGAGCGCCGAGUUGGCCCUUCGUAUUGACCGGAAAUCGAAAAAUCCGACCAACAUGGAUCUUCAUCUGCCCCCCAUGCCGCUCAGCAAUGCCGAAUUCAUGCUCAAAAUGGAACCUGGCGAGGCACAGAGCGACAUUGUCGACCGAAUGUUGGACGAAAACAUUAAAGCCUCCUAUCGUAGGAUGUACAACGUGUCGGGUUCAGUAGACGAUGCUGAUUAUGCCGACUUGGCAGGUGGCCUCGACGACGAUUCCAAGGUGGCCAUGGAUAACGGCAAACUGAUGGAUCCGGAACUGGAAGCCUUGCUAUCGAAAUUCAAUCACGGAUUCGCACCUUGAUCCGUAUAUCUGAAGAAAUUUAAAUUAAUUAAUAAUAAUAAACAGUAU